AUGGACGCCAUUGCGGAUGCGGCGCCGAGCUUGCUAGCGAUAGCGUCGAUUCUGAAGCAGUCGGCGGAUGGCAUGGAGCAGUGGUCGCUGGAGGACCUGACGCUGGGGCUGUACCGGCUGAGCCUGAAGCACGCCGCCGGGAAAGACGUCGAUGCGAUCCCCGGCGACGUCGUCCGCAACAGGAAUGACCUGGAGGAGAUCCUUCAUUGGCUGCGUUGGGCCAUGUCAGCAUAUGAGACUGACACAGCCGCCCUCGCGACGCAUCUCAGGGUCCCGCCGUCGGCCAUUCACAAGCACGUGAACGAGUCCGCGGUGUUCCGCCCAGCGCACUAUGUGGCGGUGAGCGCGGAGAAGCAGUGCGUGGUGGUGGGCGUGCGCGGCACGUCCAGUUCCGCCGACGGGCUCACGGACCUCUGCUCCGCCGGAGUUCCCUUUGGUGACGGGCACGCGCACGUGGGGAUGUUAGAGUCAGCCAAGUGGGUGGCCAAGAAGCAGGGCAAGCUCAUCGCCUCGCUACUCGAGCAGAAUCCUGGCUAUUCGCUAGUAACGGUGGGCCACUCCCUGGGGGCGGGCACGGCAGCGCUGCUCGCCAUGCUGCUGCGCCACCCGCCCACAGUCUCCUCCCUCUCCCUCACGCUCCCUGCGGCCGCGCUCACACCCUCCUGCUGGGCCUACGCAUGCCCUGCUGUGGUGUCGCAGAACCUUGCUGAAACCUCCACCUUCCUCAACACGGUCGUGCUGCAGGACGACGUUGUGCCGCGCAUCUCCCUCUCCGCCAUCACUGACCUCCGCAACGAGAUCCUCAAGACCGACUGGGCGGCAGUGGCACGGGAUAACCCCACAGCAAAGCGCCUGGCAUCUCUGGCAUCGGGCUCUCAGUCCGCCCUGGAGACGUCUCUCGGCAUCUCCCAGGGCCAGCUGCUCCCCUCGCUCUCCUCCCAAGCCGCCUCCUGGUUCAGCUUUGCACCCGCUCCCGCUGCUGCUCCUGCUGCUGCUGGUGGGGCUGCGGGUGGUGCGGCAGCAGGUGCUCCAGCAGCGGCAGGGGCAAACGACGGAUUUGGAGGAUGGUUGACAUACGCAGGCAGCUUUUUUGCGGCUCCUGCGGCCGCACCACAAGCCAAGAGCGCUACCGCAGCCCCUUCUGCUGCAUCUGUGCCUGCUGCGGCAAAGACUCCUGCCAAGGGCGAUUCCAAAGCCUCUGCUGCUCCGCCCGUGCGCCUGGUGGCCCCGGGGCAGCUCUUCCACAUUCUGCGCAAACCACCCGCCUCCCUGCAGGAGCAGUUCAAGCUGCCCCCUCCUCCCACCAAGCGGAAGAAGCACGAGGAGGAGAAGCUAUUUGUGGCAGAAGAAAAGGACAUGGACGAGCGAGGGAUGUUUGACGCGGAGAAGCAGAAGCAGAAUGGCGAUGCGGCCACUGCUAAUGGUGAAGCUGCUAAAGUUGAAGCUGCAGCGGCCGUGCCUGGACCUGCUGUGUCGCAUGUGGUGGUGCGUGGAGCUGACCCCAAGCCCCGGUUCCGCCCCAUCGCGGCCCCGUCGCGCCCCGUCGCGCCGCAACCGCGCCUGCCGUCGCCCGCGCCUGCCACUCCCGCGCCUACCGCACCCGCGCCUGCAGCUGCAACAGCCGCCGCCCGAGCCUGCCGCCCCCCGCGCCUGUCGCCGCCGCACCUGCGCCCGUGCCUGCGCCUGCGCCCGGGCCUGCUGCGCCUGUUUCCGUUGCGCCUGUCUCCUUCGCGCCUGCGCCUGCCGCUGUCGCGCCUGCUGCUGCUCGACGCCGCCGCGCCCUGCUGCGGCCGCGUCGCUGUGCCUCAUGCUGUGCCGCCCGCUGUCUGCUUGCCUGCCUCUAACUGUCUCCUCCUCCGCCUGUGA